AUGAAGUACUGGCGUGUGGCACUGCGCAUUUGGGCCACUCGCAAAGCGUUCUCCUCAUCCAUAACGUUCCUACAUACAUUUUCAAACCACUCGUUCCGCAGAUUCCGUGCUACGCGCUCGAUGGAGCUCUCCGGUACACUGCUAAUUGCUAUUUUGAUUCCAGCUCGUUAUCUUCCGCGUAGUUUACGGCGAUGUCUGGUUCAGACCAGCGAAGUUUACCCGACGCUGGCGUCGGAAUCAUCUGAAUCACCCAUUCCCCAGGACUUUCCGGAACCAGCGCCAUCCGAUGCAUACAUUAUUCCGACGCUCGGGCUUCAUCAAGGGACGUUCGUCUUUUCCUAUUUGUCGAUCUUCCUUGCAUACAUCACACCGUACGAUCUGCCAGUAGUCUACUGUAUUCUAGAGCUUCUGCGAGAUGCCUUCCACACGCGGGUUUCGUUUUUGGAACUCAUCAUGGAGGCUUUAAAGGUGGAGUCAGGAUACAUUUGCCUUAUUGCGAUAUUUUUCUUGAUUUCGCUCAUUCCUCUGUGCUACACAAUCGCGUGGGCUUGCUCGAAGCGGGCAGACGACGAUAUCAACGCCGGCCCUACGGUCGAUGCCAUCAUUCAGGCCGAAGAGUUAUCACUCGAAGAGUCGUUGAAGUGCCGAAGAAGUUUUCUGAGUCUGUCGCUACAGAUUAUUAUUCUGCUGCUGAUAGCCGGUGUUAUAGCUAUGUUUGUGACGAACGAACAAAUUGCUUCGUCUAUUAACGAGACACCGUCAGUGCUGCGAUCGUCUUUGGCUGAUUUGGAAACAUUUCUUCGGGACACUGAACAGCAGAUUUCGUUUGUAAUACUGGAAGGUUUGCAAACCACUGUCGACAGGAUCAAGAACGAUCUAGAAGGGAUAGAUAAGUUGCUUGGAGAACCGGUUCAAAACCAUCUAUCGUUAUUCACUGGAAUUGAGAUAAUCUUUGAAUCAAUCAUGGAUAUUAGUACAAGCAGUAAUAAUUUGUCGCGAAGGAUAUCACUCCUACAGGAAACGUUAGCACGAGCGGCUAAAAUUUCAUACGAAGCAGAGUAUCGCUUGGAUGAGUUGCAGAUUCAGCUUUCCGUACUGCAGCGACAGUGCAGCUACCGGGAUAGACCGCUUUGUGAUACGCUAAAAAUUCGAAACUUUGAGGAAUCAGGUUUGAUAGAGAAAAUUCGAACACUUCAGAAUGAUCCUGUUUUGUCAAAACUCAUGACGAUGGGUGAAGCCGGUAAAAAUAGUACAAUGAAGCUGCUAACGCAGGAACUGACAGUGGCACGGGCAAUUUUUCGAAACUAUCGAACAGAGCUGAGGAAUGCUACUCUGGUGUCACGGGAACACAUCAGUAAUCAUCUGGAAGAUUUUACCAAUGCAACAAUUUCAUCCACAAGUAUUUUAUCGGUCACCGUGAAUAACUUGGUAGCGGAAGUGUCAAGAAUUGGAAAUUUUUCUGAUUCGCUUUUCGACUACUACAUAGAGAUUGGAGAAGUUCUGUGGUUAACCGGCCUUUCAGCAACAAUAUGUACGUUAUUGGUGACGUUAAUUUUGCUGGGAGCAUUAAGCUGUGGUUGUUGUCAUGCUGAUAAUAAAGCAGGAAUAACACUGAUCAUUGGAGCGGUUGUCAUUUGCAUAGCGAGUAUUGCACUUUCGGGAUUUGCAAUGGUCGAAAUGCUGUUAGGUGCACAUGGUCACGUUUUCAUCUGCAAUCCAUUGUAUGACGCACCGAACUAUACAAUUUUAGGUAAAUUGAUUGAUAAACCCGGGCUCAUUUACCCUGUGGAACCACCGAAUGGAAUCAUUGAUAAGCUGGUUGCAAUGGCCGAUCCGAAUCGAACGUUUUCUCUCAACGUUUCGUUGGCAAGCGCUAUAAACGAGUGCGAACGGAACAAAGGAUCGUUUUCAACCUUCCAGUUGGAAGGAUUGAUUAACGUUUCAUCCAUCAUGGAUUAUCGCAGUUAUCCCCAUUUGGAGAAUUCCAUCCAACAGAUUGCCGCUUCCGAAGCUCCUUUCAUCAAAUUCACUGCCCCAAUCCAAUCGAUUCUGGAGGACAUGUUAACUGAUUCGGAUGUGAAUCUCACUGCGUUUCGAAUGGAUCUGACCCAGCUAUCGCCGGACAAGGACGUUAUGACAUUUAUCGACCAGUUGCAGCGGGUCUCCGCCCAGAUACAGGAUGUUGCAACAUCCUCACGGAUGGCAACUUUGGGCAGUAGGGCUAAACGACUACAGGCUUCACUUCUACAACCCCUGGAACAUCUUCGUGGAGAUAUCGUUUACCAUUUGACGGCACUAGAGCUUCAACUUUCUCCGUGGGCUGCACAGUUGAACAAAAGUUUGAAUCACUUACGUGGCGCCCAAACCUAUCUCGAUCUCGAAUCGGCUGCAGUGUGCUACAACAAAAGUGAAUUGUUCCGAAAUCACCUGCGUGGUCAUUUCGAAGCCUAUCGGAAUCAUUCGAAUGUGAUUUUAAGUGACAAGUGCGCUAGUUGUAGACCGCUGUUUGAUAUUUUCGACGCCAUGCGAGUGCUCUUCUGUCAUCACAUUAUGGAUCCGAUGAAUGGGCUUUGGUUUUCGUCGUUUCUUUGCCUAUUUCUGUGGGCUAUUUCCACACCUGUGUCACUGCUGAUGUCUUCCACCUACCGGAAGCUUGAAUUACUAUCCGGCAAACUGCAGCAAACGACGAGUAAUUUCUACGGCACAACCGGCUCACUCCGUUCGGAUCCCCGGGGGCCACUGCAUCUUCAGCAGCAACAGCAACAGUAUCCGGAAUCAACCAGCCGUUGGUCGACUACACAGAGGUUCGUUUCGGUGCAUUUUGCCGAAGUCACGGAGAGUUGCACCGAUGAUGAUAUCAUCUACGACGAUGUGGAUGUGUACCGGGAUGACGAAGUUGAUGUCGACUACAUUGAGCUGACCCCCAAGGAAGACGAUGACGACUCCAUGAAGUAUCGAGAGUGUUUAGUAUGA